AACACCAAUAUCGUACCAGUGCUGUACUUCUGAAGAACAACCACCUAGCCGUCCUAUUUUUAGCAUCGUAUUUGGAUUACCACAUCAAAAAUGACGCUCUCCUCCCACGAGCCAAACGGAGGCGCGUCGAGCCUGGCUGUGGCACCAGACAGAGCAGCCGUGUUGCUGCACCAGGCUGAGCCUAGUCCAGCAGGGCGGGGUGGAGGAGCAGGAGGCUCUAGUGCUACUGCUAGUACCAGCAAACAGAAUAGUACCGGCACUGUUGUUCCUACUACCACCACCACCACCACCGCCGGCGUGAAAAACAUCGCCAGGAUUCCGAUCCCUACCUCCAACUCCCGACGCCCUAGUAUUGCGUCCGGAAACAGCUCCGCGCGGAGCCGGAUCUGCAAUAAUUUACUGAAUGUGAAUCAAAGUCUCGGAGGGGUGAGAAGGUUAUCCGUGCAUUCCCGGGACACGGAGCGAAGCGGUUGUUCUACGGCUCGGGGUGGAGGGUCUACUUGCCACCAACGACCAGACAGUGCGGGUCAUUAUCAAGUGUAAAAAUGUCUGGGUCUGGAAGAUUCUGACACUUGUCAUGCACGUUUUGCAUGAGCCGUGAUGUCUGUGAUGCAUACCCUAGCAAUACAGAUUUUUUGACGGCUUCUUGAUGUGUAUUCCGCAUGACAAAUGCUUUCUCAGCGUAGCAAAAUUUGCAUUUCCUUUGGUACUCAUGCAAUACAGAUUUUUUUGAAAUCCCAAUGCAGCAUCACAAGUUGCAUUCCUCCAGACCCAGACAUUUUUACAUUUGAUAAUCAUGCGGGUGGAACAACGUCGUCGAAAAUAAGCGCCGCGUCAGUACUAUGCGUUGCAAAAGUAUCGUACUCGUAGUGAUUGCAGUCAUGCAUUGCAAAUUUCUUUCUCAAGUCGAAUUCGCAUUACAAAUUUCAUUUCUCAUGCAGCGGAAAUUUGUCAUGCGAUUUAUACACGUGCGAUGCCUUUCCCUUUCGCGCAGUUCAUAAGUACUACCCCCGCCGCUCUUACCACAGCAACUCUCCUCCGGGCAGAUUACAUCAGUCCGAAAAACCUCGCUGCAGUCCAGCCACAUUUCCUCUCAGUUUUCCCAGCCGGGCAGCGAUUUGUUUUCACACAGCGCGGUGUCGUCGACGGGAACGUCGAUGUGGUUAUGCGUUGCAAAUUUGUAGUCUGGGUCUGGAAGGCGAAAGUUGCAACUUGUGAUGGUGUCCCAGGAUUCUAAAAAAAAUUUGCGUUGCAUGACCAGCAAGAGCAGGAGUUCAGUUUGUGCUACGCGGAGAGGGCGCUUCUGAUGCAGAAUAGGUAUCCGGAACAGGGAGCCAUAAGCUGUGUUGCUAGUUCAUGCAUUACAGGCGUCAUGUGUCGUGGAAAAUAUGCAUGACAAACCUGGCAAUCUUCCUGACCCAGACAUAUUUGCAGUGGAUAGUGGUAUCACAGCGAGAAUUUUUACCUAGAUGACGGCGGGGCCGGUCUGCAGAGCCGGUUGGGCCGGUUGGAGUACCAGAAUUUGGAAUUUAAUUAUAUCACGAAGAACAAACUACGACAGUUGCCCCCAAUUUACACGACGACCAUGGGGCCUGGAUCAUCAACAUCGUCGACAACGGCUAGCACGGCCAGCGCAUCCGCAAAUCAAAAUUGUGCUGGUGCCAACGCAAUAAACAAGGCUACCACAGUAGAUCGCCCGUCCAUUUUCACGGUUGGGAGUUCGGCGACAAAGCGUCACGGGGGGUUCUUCCAGGAACAGGAGAAUGCGAAGUACGUUACCGAGGCGGAGAACACCUAUGAAUACCAUCAAAAGCUGCUUGCCUCUAACAACGCAAACCCCACGACUAGCUAUUUGCUCCCGGGGUUGAUUUAUUCUCUGCAAAACUAUCGUACUCGUAUAAAAAAAUGCAUUACAAACUUUCUCAGUAUGAGCACUGGACUUUGUCAUGCUGUUUUACCGUAAGGACAAGAUUUGUCAUGUAUAGUUGCAAUUAGUACGCUACGAGUGCGAUACUUUUGCCAUGCAUAUGAUUUUUCUGAACAUGCUCGUCCUGGGGAUCGAAACCGACGCGCACGCGGAUACGUUUACCUUUUCACCGUUGUUCUACUCGUUAGAGUAUGAAUUGCGAAUAGAAGUAUCGUACUAGUACUAAUCGCAGUCAUGCAAGACUACAAGUACCUUUACCUUUUUUGAUGGUAAAUCCGCAUGACAAAUUUCAUUUCUACUCAUGCUACGGAAACUUGUCAUGCGAAUUCUGCUACUACGAUACUUUGACUUUUCCAGUGCAUAUAGAGGUGUUUUUCUUCCUCGCGUUUUCCUUCGAAUUGUAUCUGCGGUUGCGGAAGGACUUCCAGAAAGAAAGUGAAGAAGACGAGGACGAGAUGGAGGACGAAAGGGCGUCAACUUUUUCAAGAACCUCCGGAACGGGUGCUGCCAGUGUGUCCAGAAAAAGUUCGGAAAGUCGGAACGUUUUUGACAACAAAUCCUCUAUGCGCACGUCGGGGACGUCCAGUGGUAGAACGAGAGGCUUUAUGCAUUUUUGCAAAUAUGUCUGGGUCUAGAAGGAUGGACGCAGGGUUUGUCAUGCUUGUCUGGCAUGACGAAAGAGUUUGUGAUGCGUGUCCAAGAAGAGACCCUUUGGCUUGUCAUGCAAAACGCAGGUUGUCAAUGUCAUGCGGAAAGCGCAACACUUCUAAGCAGCGAAAAUAUUUCUCAUGCUUGGCUGUGCAUAAUACAGAGAAUUCACUAGUCACAACUCAGCACAACUACAAGUUUCCAGACCCAGACAUGUUUGCACUCGAUAGGCUUGCAGUCGUCCGUGUAUUCCCAGCGGGUCGAAUUGACGGAAAACUGGUAUGCGAAUUACGGAGAUGAUAAUCAUGAUGAGGACGAGCAGGAGCCAACUUCUGAUGCUGGUGCCGAUCAUCGUCAUCUAGAGGGAGAUCGAGACCAUCACGCACGAGCAAAUGAGGUGGUCGCGAUCAGUGUCGACCAGAUGAACGGAUUCCAAAAGCGGUCGGCGUUUCUCGGAAGAAGAAAAGGCAGCUCUAGUUCUUCUUUUUCGGGAAGCAGAACUGCGGGGGAUAGCAAAUACAGGAGCCGUAGUGGGGAUGAGUUUAUGGCAGAAGGUAAAUUGAGCUUUUCAAUUUGUAUGUACUAUAAUUUCAGAAAUUGCAUGUUGAAGUUAUACCUCUUCGUUGCGUGGUGCUUUGUCAUGGUUUUCUUACAACCCUAAAGAGAAAGUGCGAGACUGUCGCAGUAUCAUCGAACAUUCACCUCCCGACGGCACAUGAUUAUUCACACAGACCCUGCAACUCCAAUCACUAUAACAUACAGGCCCGGAAGAUGAAUUAUAUCAACCAGACCUGCCAGGCCAGAGUCCUCGAAUGAAUUCGUCGGACAUAAUACGAAACGGCAAGGAUGGAGAACAUCAGGCUGCUGCCGCAACAGGUCCUGUGGAAGAUUCCUCCGAAAGUAACAUGCUGGAGAGCCGUAGAGACGAGGAUCAUGGCGAUGCAGCAGCAGCAAAAGCUGCCUCCUCCUCCACUUCGCGAAUGAACAGCAACUCUGCCUCCCCCCCUGUUCUCCGCCGAGCGGGAUCCCGGAUUAGGAAAAACAGCAUUAAAGAAAAACCGCGGAUCCACCGGAUGUCUAGCACUUGCUCCAUGCCGGCGAUAAUGGAUCAUCGCGACGUAUGGCGUUCUCAACUGUUACAUUCUCAAGUGUUACAUGAAUUUGUCAUGCAAAAACACUAUCACUCUCAACACGAUCACGCCUUCUCCGCAUGACAACUUCUCGACGCGCUAGAUAGCAUUAUAUUCUGCUCCAAACCUGUAAUGCAAAAGGCGCAACGUUUUCCCUUUCACUUUUGCCAUUCUUGCAUUACAAAUUUCAUGUAACAGUUGAGAAUGUAACGUUUGAGAACGCCAUACGACGUCGGUGCGACUGCAGAACGAGGACAGUGCGACGAUUUCGCGUUGGAAGAGCAACAGCGAGGACAGCAAUCCCGGAUAUCAACAGCUCGCCGCCGCAAUUCGCAGAAAUCGCGGAACUCCCGGGUAGAAAAUUCCACCAGGGCUAACGCGGAACAAGAGGUGGACAACAAAACGGACGCGAGCUUGCGGAAGUACAGCAGUCUCAGGUCGCGGAUGUUUCAGAGUUCGGAGGAUUUGGGAGAAAACGAGAUUGACAAUCUAGAAGAUGUAUCAAAUGUAGAAAUGUCUGGGUCUGGAAGAUUCUGAGAUUUGUCGUGCGUGUUUUGCAUGACCCAGGAUGUCUGUAAUGCACGACCGCGCGUCACAGAUCUUGAGAGGGCUUCCCGAUGCCUACUCCGCAUGACAAACGCCCUCCCCACGUAGCACAAACUAGACUCUUCUUGCUGGUCAUACAAUACAGAUUUUUCUGGAGUCCAAAGCUAGCAUCACAAGUUCCAAUCUUCUAGACCCAGACAUUUUUACAGUUGAUAAGAUGAGGAAGAGGAAGAAAAAGCUGCUCGGAUGAACAGGAGAAGGGCAGCAAGCAUGCUCCGUCGUGGGCAGUCCUUCAUCGCGAAAAAACCGACCUCCAUGCGGCGGCAAAUGUCCAUGUGCAGCAACGCCGGUGGAGUCAUCACAUCCUCAACCAGCCGGCGUGCAGCGUCUUCUGGAGCCGGCGGUGGCGCGCGGGCGACAAGGACGAACAGCCAAGUGUUCGCCCGCAACUCUGCGUGUUUUAACCGGCCCAUUGCUAUGGGUAUGGCACGCCGGAUCUCGCAGCAAGGACGGAAUUCAACCAGUAACAGCACCUUUCACGAAAGAGACAACAACAACGGAGGUGUCAGCGGGGCGGAGGAAACGAGUGGUGCGGACAAUGUCAGUCGAGGUACUACUGGAGCUGGUGGAAGAAGUUCCGGAAAUGGGACAAGACGGAGCAGAACCUCGGGAAAUCUGCAAAGCAAAUCGACGAUGAAUUUGGAAACCGGGUCGAAUGGUCCAUCAAAUUCAAAAUCCCCCUCGAAGCUACCCCGGCGGCGCACCGGGUCAAGCUUGUUCAAAUCCCGGUCUCGUGGUUCGAGCUUCACGCGCUCAAAGUCGAGUUUAUACAACCGGAGUCGCAGUAACCUCUAUGGGUGGAGCGGGAGCCGGAAAUAUUAUGGUAGUAACCGGAAUAGCAGGUUUUUACUGGUCGCACAACAACUCCCACAACAAAUGAAGCAGAGCUUUCUCGUGGUGAGGCAGCGGCUCACGCAGAUCUCCCGAUAUGAAAUGCAAAAGCCUCGUACUUACUAGUAGAAAUCGCAUGACAAAUUUACUCAGCAUGAAAAAUGAAAUUUGUAAUGCGGAUUGAGGUUGUAGAUUUGUAAUGCAUGACUGGGAUUAGUGCCACGAGUACGAUGCUUUUGCACAGGAUACCCGAAGGAUUACGACCACUUUGACCCGGCCCAGUCGGAAGCUCAGCAACAGUUUUGUCAUGCGGAAGUCAAUAUGAACUGCAAAAGUAAUGUACUAGUGUAAAUUGCAAUACAAAUUAGCUCAGCAUGAGAACUGGACUUUGUCAUGCUGUUUUACCUUAAGGACAAGAUUUGUCAUGCGUACUUAUUUUGCAAUUAGUACGAGUGCGAUGCUUUUGCAGUGCAUAGCUAAUCUUACCCGCAAAGAAGAAAGCGAAGAACUUGCUCCGGGGUUUCGCGGUGAAGGCAAAACAAGCCUGGACCCGGUAUUCAGUCAUUGCGCAAAGAACGAUACUGCGGCGAGAGAAGCUGCAGAGGCAGAACACGAGGAUGGCUCCGAAUAAAGAGCCGAAGGACAGAGAAGCUGCGAAAGAAAUUUUGCAGAAGUCAAAGUCAAAUUUAUCGUCGCAAACUAAUAACCCUGCUGCAACGACGAGUAAAACCAAUAUCAAAAACCUGGCGGUACAGCAAGUGGGUACCUUGCCGUCCCCAACGGAUUCCCACAACAGCACGGCGACCUACGAAACCAAUCACACACAGAACUCGCAACAAUCCUGCUCGACUGCAGGUGUGAGAAGCAACACGACAAACAAAGCUGCUCUUUUGAAGAACAAUCAAACCCGGUCCUACGCCGACCAUUGGAAUAGCCUCUUCAGCCUGUUCGGCGUGGGCCUGCCGCAGAGCCAAAAACACUCCACAAAAACGAACUACUCCGGCGAUACAGACAAGGACAAUACGCUGUUGGUUAGACAGGGAAGCAAAAACAGCACUUUUGGGCAAACAGCCGUUGCCGGCACGGGAGCAGCAGGUUCGUGUGGCGAUCUCUCCUCCACUUCGCGCUUGUUGAACAAUCCCCAGCGCAAGCAAUCCGUUUUCCGAAACGAUUCGCUCUUCACGCAGUGCUAUGCAUUGCAAAAGUAUCCUCGUACUCGUAUAAAUGCAUUGCAAAUUCCCCCAGCAUUACAAAUUGAAUUUGUAAUGCUGAUUUACCUUGAGAAAGUAUAGUGCAUAAACGCAAUUACUACGAGUGCGAUACUUUUGCACAGGAUAAGUGCUCCUCGUUGGCGCACCAAGAAGCCGGAGUUUCGAAGGUGAGCACGCCGAAUACCAAAAGGAAAAAUCCCCCCACCCCGUAUCAAAACGAAGUUUCUGAUGCUGGAUUUGCGUACACAAAUCAGAUUUGUCUUGCUGGCGAGGACUGCAGGCCCAUAUCAAGCCUGAGAAGACAGGUUUUUGCCUAGGCGCUUAGCAUGCCAGACGUCUACGCUGUAGGAGCAUGAGCAUGACAAACCGGCUGCAGAAUGCGGACGGGCCUGUGGAGUUGCUUUCAUGCAACACAGAAACGAUUUGUGGUCACAAAUCAGCAACGCAAAUUCUCGAAAACGUACCUUGUCAAUAUGGGGAGGAGGGAUUUUUCCUUCUGAUACCGAACAAACGAAAAAUGUCGGUGUUGGCCGGGGGAAUGAGUUGUACUCUCGGGGGCGGAGGGGUCGUUGGCGGCAAUCGAUUCUCUUUCCUACAGAACACUCCGAACAGUGCCUCGAAGUCGAGUAACUGGGCGGUUCCGCAGUCCUUCUCGCCGGAGAACCAAAUUAUGAUGAACAAAUUUAACCAGGAGAUGAUCAUCGAAUUCUUCGAAAAGAUAUCUAACAAAAAAGUGUUAACGUUAACGGUUUUCAAUUUCACAGAUGGCAGCUAUGCAUUACAAAUUUUGCCUUCCAUGCAUGCUACGCAAUACAAAUAUGGGCACCUCUUCUGAUGCAUUACUGCAUCACAAAUUCCGUUAACGUUGACGCUUUCUCUUGCGAUAAAAGAAGAAAGGAAACCUGCUCCAACGACUGACGAAGAUCGAAGACCCCUACUGGGUGCUUUUCUAUCAAAUGCAAAUAUGUCUGGGUCUGGAAGAUGAUUGGCAGGUUUGUCAUGCAUAUUUUGCAUGACCCAUGAUGCCUGUAAUGCAUGAGAGACUUUUCGAGGGCUUCCUGAUGCUUACACCGCAUGAGAAAUGCCCUCCCCGCGCAACACCAAUUGGACUUCUCUCACGCAAUACAGAUUUUUUCAGAAUCCAAGGACAGCAUCACAAGGUGCAUUCUUCCAGACCCAGACAUAUUUGCAAUGGAUAUUUUCGACUUGUCGAUCAUUCUCGCCGCGGGCUUGGAACUGGUUCUUGCGGGCUACUUUCACACCACCCACACGGAGAAAACGCCAAGUCGCGCGCGGUGUUUGGAGGUGUUGAGAACCCUGUCGUUACUGCGGAUUUUGCGGUUCCUGAAACUUCUGCAUUUCAGCAAGGAAUUACUGCUUGUGAGUCGGGGUUUGGUGGUCGCGUUGUCUACGAUAUCCUGGAUUUUGAUCCUUUUACUCCUCUUCCUCUACGUGAACGCGCUCUUUCUCGUGCGGUUCAUCGGCCAGGACUUCGCGGAAGACAUGCGGCGGAAUGAUGGGAGUUUAUCGCCGCACGCGUGCCAAAUCGCCAAGGAUUUCGGCACAGUGACGCAGGCGAUCUACCACCUGUUUGUCGUGUUUACCCUGGAGGAGUGGCCGGUCAUCGCGGAACCCUUUCGCCAGGAGCUGGGAAGCGGCUUCGGGUGGUAUUUCGUCGCGUUCAUCAUGGUCAUAUCCACAGCACAUUUCCUGUACACGACGUACAAAUGUGGUCUCUGCAUGACAAAAACGUGGCUUCGAUCCUAGUUUAGCAUGACAAGUUUUACGCUCCAAACUGGUGAAAUUUGUGAUGCAUCUUGUGCAUGUACGGGAAAUUUGUGUUGCAUAGUUCACGAAUUUCAUCGUGUUUUCGCUCGUGAUCGCCAUGGCACUGCAGAACAUCAAGGCGAUCAAACAGAUCCAGGAGCUGCGGUUGCUCCAGUCGCUCUCCAUGCAGAAAAACCACUUGAAAGGGCAACUCGUGGAGCUGUUUCGGCACUGUUGCAGCUUUGAAAAGGUCUGCUUGGAACAUCAAUUGGCGCAAGAAGACGUGGUGGAGGAGGGGGAAUGCGAAAAAAACGCCUGCGGUGCAACAGCAACAUCAGCGGCACCUCCAUGUGCCGCGGACCAUGCAGCUGAAAAUCCUCAAGCGGUUGUGAUGUGCAGAGGUGAAGACACCACUGUUGAACGAGCUGACGAUGACAACGGCGUGGAAGCGAGAAAAGAUAAAGAUCAACAAGCCACAUCAAUCAGCGGAGGUCCUCCGGACAAAAGGAACAGUAGCAACGAGGCACUAUCGACUACCAAUACCGCGUCAGCAGAUGAAUUCGGGAACGAUAAGAUUCAGAACAGCACUUCCAAUCUGGCGAAGGACAUCUUCAAAAAUGAACGUAGUACUGCAGGUUGUUGUGCUCUAGCUGGCACUUGUUCCAGUAGUUCCUCGGUGUCAACGUCGAUGAACAAUGGCACGACUACUUCUGGUAUCAAAUGCAAAUAUGUCUGGGUCUGGAAGAAAAAGAACGCAGGGGUUUGUCAUGCAGAUUUUGCUUGGUCCAUGAGGUCUGUGAUGCAGGCCCUGGCAUCAGAGAUUUUGCGAAUGCUUUCUGAUCCUCAUACCGCAUGAGAAAUGCCCUCUCCGCGUAGAACAAAUUACACCUCUUUUGCUGUUCAUGCAAUACAGAUUUUAUGUAGAGUCCAAAGGUAGCAUCACAAGUUACACUGUUCGUCCAGACCCAGACAUAUUUGCAAUUCAUAUCUGGUGAACAACAACAACCUCCGACUUUGUCUCUACAACAAUUUCGGGAGAUCAUCACCCAGAGCAACACGGCCAGAUUCGAGUGGAAGAAUGUACUGAGCAGCGGGGACGCGGGCUCGCGCAGUAAUGAGGAUAAUAAGGACCACUACAGCGCCAGCCCCAGCGUUCCAAUGUCCCGCACGGAAUCUUCUGAUGAAUCCGAAGAGGAACAACCCGAACCAGCACGGCAUGUGGCUGCAGCUAGUACAAGUAACGCCGUCUCCAGUUUUAGUGUAGUUUCCGCCGCCUCCAAGCCGCUUGACGAAGAGGGAAAACAAGCAUCAGCAGGAGCUGCAAGUAGUCCAAAGAAGAGUAAGCAGGUAAAGAACCUGAAUGCAAGAAAUCCUGUCCAACUGAAAGCGUACCACAAGAAAACCCGGACGCUGGUUCGCGAAAUCCAGGAGCUCUUGGAGCACGCCCAGUACUCUACCACCGGGUUUGACCUGCUUGGGGAAAACUCGCUCCUGUUCGACAUCUACGAAUCCGAAGAAACGAAGCUGACCGAACACCAGUUUUGCCAGGGGCUCGACACAGCCCUGAGCUCCGAGCACAGUCGCGGGAUUUUGAAAUGUCAAAAUUACGUAUCAACUGCAAAAAUGUCUGGGUCUGGAAGAGUCGGGGCCUGUCAUGCACAUUUUGCAUGACCCGUGAGGUCUGUGAUGCUGGUGCUAGCAACACAGAUUUUUUGAGAGCCUCUUGAUGCUAAUUACGCAUGAGAAACGCCCUCUCCGCGUGCCAAGAACUGAGUCCUCUUGCUGCUCAUGCAACACAGAUAUUUUUGGAAUCCGCAGACAGCAUUACAAGUUCCACUCUUCCGGACCCAGACAUAUUUGCAAUCCAUAUUACGUCGUGCGAGCGCUGAAGCAGAAGUUUAUCGUGGAGGGGAAUGGGAUAUCCUGUGCAAAAGUAUCGUACUCGUACUAAUUGCAGUCAUGCAUUACAAAUCUCGUUGCCGAGGCAAAUCAGCAUGACAGAUUGCAUUUGGCAUGCUGAGGGAAUUUGUCAUGCAAUUACUAUAUAUUAUAUUCAUGCGAAAAAAGAGGUAGACAGAGGGUAAACAAGAGGUGGCCGAGAGGUCAAAAAGAGGUCAAAAGAGGUAAAAAAGAGGUCGACAGAGGUGGAGAGGUGGCGCGGGACCCCUUUCGAGAGGGCCGGCGAGAGGGUGCGCGAGUAUAGCCCGCCGAAGGACCCACCCUAAGGCGGCGCCUAAGUGCCUCAGAGGGUGCAGAGAGGUCAAAAAGAGGGGGCGCGAGAGUUCGACAGAGGUGGCGAGAGGUGGCGCGAAUAAGGGGCGACCUCUCGCGGACCCUCUUGGCCACCUCUCGGCCACCUCUGUCGACCUCUACCCGCGAGUAUAGCCGGAUUAUUAGCGGGGACCCCCAAAAGAGGCCAAAAAGAGGGUCUGCGAGAGGUCUGCGAGAGGGUAAAACACAAAGAAGCGGGCGCGAAUCCGCAUGGCACUACCCAUAUUUGGCACUGCAGGCCAUUCGCGGAGCUGUUUUGUUCGGCGCCUUUCCGCGCCACCCUCUCGCGCCACCCUCUCGCGCACCCUCUCGCGCCACCCUCUCGCGCUACCCUCCCCCGCCGGGCGGUUUCUGUUCGCCCCCGGUGGUCUUUGCAGCUGCUCCCUGCGCAGAGCGCCCACAGGCGCGGGAAGCGCGCAAGUGGUCCUGCGGGUUGGCGCGGCGCAAUGUGUUUCGUUGUGCAUAGGCCCGCGGGGUUGUGGUCCUAUCGGCAAACAGUCUUGCCCCGACCCAACAGCCUUGCGCUCCGGCGGCAGCCGGAGCAUGGCUGGUUUGUACUAGUACGAUACUUUUGCAGUUCAUAUGGGAAAUUUGAGAAACUCUCCAACUCAAUCCGGGAGUUGAAACAGGGGUUUGGAGCGCUGGAUAGAAUUGCCGGCGAUAAAAAUGUGAAGAUUGCUGAUUCGCACGGAGGUUCUGGCGAUGGUCCUGAUGACAAUGAUGAUGGGAAGCACAACGGCGGUCAUUCUAGUUUUGGUUUAUCAAAUGGAGAAAGAACAGCGGGUCCAGCGAACCUCCAUCUGCACGACCGUGCGACGACGGAGCGCCCCGAAGGUCAGUGUGAUGUGUUAGCCGGAAAGGAACAGACAACAUGUGAAAAUAAGCAGCUAAGGCCCGCCGCCUCCAAGAACAGUGCCGCACCUGGACACUCAACCUCUCAUCACGCAGCAGUUCCGGUUCCGGCAGGAGGUCCAAGCAGUACCACCACACCAACUUCCGUAAUGUUUGCAAACAAGAACAACUUCUGCGAGCAUCCCUCACUGGAGCAGCCGAGUUGGCCGUUGUUUCGCGAAGGCUCGUCCAGCAGUACCUCCUGCAGCACCUCUGCGACGAAGACAGGAGCACUGGUUUCGCCGCGACCCCCCAUGCUCCCCCCGCCGAGCUGCUUGCAGGCGCAACAAGCCAAUUAUCCCACCACAUUAGGCACUGCGACCGCCGCGGGUUUCGUCCCACCACAACUUCCAACGGUGCAGCAGCACAUCGUUCCUGGUGGGCCUUUUAUUGCAACACAAAUCACGACUUCAGCGACGACCAGUUCUAGCUCGUCGAGUUUCCAACAAGUAUCCUCGCAGGCCGUGUCGUUCUCCAAUCAGUCUUCGAAUCCGAACAACAUGGACCGAUCCUCCUCGGAACCCGUCAGUUUGCACAGUUACAGCCACACCGUGUCACUUUCCGGGGCUUCUAACUCGAUCGUGACAGUACCGACGCCAUCAAAUGUAAAGAUGUCUGGGUCUGGAAGCUUGCCAGGUUUGUCAUGCAUAUUAUGGAAGACUCAUGAUGUCUGUGAUGCAUGCUCUAGCAUGACAGAUUUUUAGAGGCCUUUGUGAUGCCUCUACCGCAUGAGAAAUGCCCUCUCCGGGUAGCACAACCACAAACUGGAGCUCUGUUGCCGGUCAUACAAUGCAAAUUUCUUUAGAAUCCAGAGACAGCAUCACAAGUUUAGAAUCUUCCAGACCCAGACAUUUUUGCAUUUGAUAGACGCCAGCGACUGGCAGUCCAACUGUGGGGUUCAAUACUGUUUUUCACGGUGGUAUCGCAAGAAAAAACUGUUUCACUGUAAACCUGUAAUGCAGAAAAUGCAUGACUGAAGUGUUUGUCUUGCUACACAUGCAAGACAAGUGAUUUUUAGCGGUGUGUUCGCUUCGGCUCCUCGCAUGGCAAGUUUUCUUUGUAAUGUGUAGCGAACUUGUAAUGCAAAACUUGCAAAAUCCUUCCAGCGAAACAGUUUUUUCUUGCGAUAGGUGGCGCGGGGGCGCCAGCAGCCAGCACGCUUGUUUUAUCGUCGCACCAAGUAGAACAUCUUGCGACGGGACCAAAUAGCUACGCUAACGCCAGCGCCUUGUCAGGAGUUGCAGAACAAGGUCACUCGUCCUCGUGCGGCACUGCACGUCAAAGCGGAGGCAGUACUACUGCUAUCGGGUUCUUUAAUAUCCAAGGAAAAAACUGUGUUGGUGUAAGUCUUUUGGGAAAACUGCAUCACAAGUUUGUCUGCCACGACAGGAAAAACUUGUUAUGCGCAGAUAGGAAGGGAAAACACAGAGAAAGCGAGCCGAUAAUGCAUGUCGAGCAUGAUAAAGAUAAGUGUGACUGUUUUGCAUUUUCUGCAUCACAGAUUUACUUUUACACUUACAAACACAGUUUUUUUCUUGCAUAUUUGAAGCAGUCCCACCCCCGCCUCCUCGUCCCGAACGGGCGGACUCGUUGGUCGUUAUGGGGACAACUGCGGGUCCUACUUCUGCAAAUGCUAAUCGGUUGUGCCACGACCUGCCAGGCACGAUCCCCUCGCCGCCAGGAAAUACCAGUUCCUCUGACGCGGCUAGUACAACACAGGAUCUUCUUGAACCUCACAUGCACAACAACAAUCCGCCAGCGUUGCUGUUCCCGACCAUACCGGCGUGCCCGUCCCAGCCGCACGUCGUGAUUGCAGGAGCUGCCCAAGAACAGCAAGAAUUGAGAGCAGAAACAACAGCUCCAUCAGGCGGAGAUGAGCUUGUCGUGGUACACGAUAUGCCAGGCGGGUAUUCGGCGAUCACCUCUCCUUCCAUCACCAACGCGGGAGGACAUCAACUCGAGGACCACGAUCCUUUUCUAGACGCGUGCUUCUAUCCGGAAUACAGUGUGACUGUUAACGGGGAAGACGCGGACUGUAGCGCGAGCACCAGUUACUACAAUGAAAAAUGCCCUCACCCCGGAAUUUGCAACAGUUUGUCAUGCGAAGUUUCCAAAUGAAAGGUUUUUGUCUUGCAUAAAAGGGCUGUGAGCCUCUCUGAUGCAGAAUCUAGGUGCGCAAGAAGGUGUCUUGUCCAACAGCAACCGGAUCUGUUAAACAGAUCCGGUUGCUGUUGGGCUCCUUUGCAACACAAAUUUAAGCUCUUCAGCAUCGAAAAUUUGUGAAGCUGAGAUACGCAUGACGGGGAAUCAUGUUUAUGUUUCCAUUGGAAAGGUUUGCCUUUGCACAACAAAUGCUGCCAAGUUCCGGUGUGGGGGCAUUUUUCAUUGUAAGACCAGUGUUGGUGGCGGUGGUCCUGCUCGCCCAGCGCAAUCGCCGAUAACUACGCUUGUCGCGGCUAAUGCGGAUCAUAAUGGAGAGGACCGUGCAGCAGGAGCGUCAUCGUCAACAUCCUGCGAAUCUUCGUCAGACGACGCGGACGAGGAGUCGUUCCGCGCUUGUUCCGACGGAGAGCAAGAAGUAGGUGAAGAAGAUACAACCCCCAGCAGCUCCGUCUGUACUAGUCGUCUUUCCUGCGACGUCGAUGAUGAUACUGUAUCAUCUUGUUCGGGAGAGGAAGAUCAAGAUGCUUCGUCCGACUACACCGGAACAUCUUCUAGUAGCCCGUGCAACAACUCCCCUACGUCUGACGCAAGAGGACCAUGGUCGUCGGAUUUUUCUCCUAAUGUGGGAAAGCUGGCAGUCGCAGGGGACGAUGUCGACGGAGAUGAAUCUGUGGAUAAUGUGGAAGAUGCAGGAGCGGAUGUUUCUCAUGCGGAAAUGGAAGAUGAAGAACAAUUUUUACAACAACAGCGAGAACAGAGGGACGAGGCGUUUGUGAAAAUGUUGAAAAAGGUGAUGCAAAAGGCGCUCGAAGAUGAGGUGCAAUAAAACUAGGAAGCCUUCUACAAGUAGCACGAGCGCGACAGGAUAACGAUAAGUGCAAGCUUCCUCUGUGCCUGUCCUAUCCUCGUAAGUAGGUCGUUGUGUGCAGGAAACAGAAACUACUGUUGCAGCACUGUGGUGAGAAACGAAGUUAUCCUCUACUGGGUCUGUCUCUGUCCUACUAAAGGCGAAGCUGGAGAAUCAAUUAUCUUUUUUUAAUGCGAAAAGGAAAAUUCUCUCCGUUCGAACAAUCCAAGUUCGAGCUGGUAGUUCAAAGUACUAGUUUGAGUUUCUUCCGUGAUGUUUUUUUAUCGAGUUCAUCACUUACACUUUCAUUUAGAUGACUUUUAUCGCAAGAAUUGCGAUUCAUCCUUUCAUUGAGCAAGUCUGUCGUGCUAAAAAUUGUAUGACCAGAAUAAAGAGUAAGAGUCGGUACGCAAGUCAAGUAUUUCAUCUAAACAAGCAAGAGCACGAGCCCACGUUAGCGCAUUGAUGAUGUACAGAGUUUUAGCUUUUACGUUGGCAGAGCCAUUCAUUUCUAAUUCGAUUUUUGGAAUCCGCAUCCAGUUCUGGACGUUGUUACACUUUUUUUUCAAACGCCGAAGAUCGGCUUUCGACGUACUUGCAUGUAUGGACCAUGACGACCAACCGCGACCACGUCCACGUUUCAACAACUGUAUAUAUGAGGAUGAGCAUUGACGUGACAUGCGAUUAUAUCACGGCGGAUUUCUUCGUCUUUGACUUUGUAAUAUCGAAGCCAACAUUUCGCACUGCUUGGCUCCAUUUUGACUACAACACCAUAACAAAAGAGAUUAAACUUCAACACCGGACGAGCGGCGGUAAUUGUAUGACGUUCAGAAGUAGAUUCCUCAAUACGACCCACCUACCCUUCUUGGGUGGAGCCGUGUUCGUAACGAUUUUAGCAGUUUUUACAAUGGAGCGGCCCGUUGUUGUUCUGAGUUCUGACAGUUGUUCGUGAC